GGCUUUUCAGCAUCGUGGGUGUCCGUUUUUUGGCUUGUUUGGGUUCUUGCAGAAAUAGUCCAAAAAUGUACCUCCAAAGCGCUCUCCCCCAUGGCCCUCGAGGCGUAAGACGUAACAAAAAAGAGGGCCCCCCCCCUAGCAGAGCUAUGAACUGAUUACGAUGUGAUGAUUGACUGACGAUGAUUCCAGCUGGACCCGCCCCUAACACGCCCUGCACCGCAAGCGGUGUGGGCGGAUCUACCGACAGAGGUGGCCGCAUUCUUUUCCCAAGACAUCGUGGCCCCGCUGAACGAGGUAUGGGUAAGCUAUAGAACGAGGUAGUACGCUGCUGCAUGCAUCCAAACAAUAUCAAAAGGUAGAAAUGCUUGGACAGCAAGAUCCAGACAAGCAGCAAUAUCAAUUUCGUUUUAACAAGAUAAUUAGUAGGGAAAUGCGACCACUACCUUCAGUCAUAUUAAACAAAAGUCGUCGCUCGCAUAUCAUGUUAGGAGUUGUGACCGUGAGAAAUCUAGCAGAGCAAACCUGAUCUUCCCCCAGGCAAUGUUCCGUCUGCUGUGGGCUUCAAGCGUCGCCACCGCGCUGGGCAGCAGCCACUUCUUGGGCAAGGAGGGCCGAAAGCUCAAUGCUACGAAUGCGAGCACCAUGAGUCUAGUGGUCGCUUCCUGCUCCGCAUAUCCCAAAUGUGUGGCGCUGGGCUUGACCAGCGGAACGUGCUGCCCUUCCACAGGUCGCGAUGGAAAGAUGUUGGACUGCUGUGAGGAAGGCCCAACUGCUUGCAGCGCGUACAGUGCCUGCGUGGAAGAGGGCCACACUGAAGGCACUUGUUGCACUCCGGGUUCCAAGCUAGACUGUUGUCAGGAGCACCCGACCUCCUGCUCAGCCUAUGCCAAGUGUGCAGCGGCUGGCUUGAAGGAGGGCGCCUGCUGCCCUUCCAAGGAGGGCACCAUGUUGGAUUGCUGUUACAGUGCCAUGCUGCCCAAGCCAGCGCCGAUCCCCGCAGGGGCGCAGUGUGAGAUCUACCCAGACUGCGUAGAUUUGCAGCUGAAGUCAGGAGCUUGCUGUCCGACCUCCGAGGGUGUGGUCUUGGACUGCUGCAGCGGUGGGAGCUAUGCUGAUCAGGCUCCUGCUAAGCCUGCAGGACCAGCCGAGGAGCCGCUUCAGGAGCCUGCCAGCGGUUCCAGCGAGGCCGAAGUCGCACCCAGCGUGCCGCAGUCGCCUGUGGACACUGCGGCAGCUGAAGGCGAUGCAGCAACUGCAGGAGCCAGUGAACCUGGAGAGAUUUGA